GGUUAGGGUGAUGCUGACUGAUGGUAAACAUUCGAAGUGGCGGGAUGGACGGGCGCUGAAAUUUCGAGUUUCUCUCGACGUGGGACGCUUAUUUAAAGCGUCCUCUUCCCACACUUUCUGUGGUGGUUGCUGGUCGCCUUAGGAGCUCGAGUUCUUCUUCUCCUUCUUGUCUUCCUCCUUCUGCAUCCAAAAGAUCUCCUAAGAAACUAUCCACUCGUUAACAAUGCAAUUCUCUGUCAUCGCCUCCCUCGCUCUUGCUUCCCUUGCUGCUGCAGACACCGUCUUGACCCAAAUCGGCGACGGUCAAAUCCAAGCCCCAACCACCCAAAACCAACAAACCACCGCCACUGCUACCACCCCAGCAGAGACCUCCACUUCCACCACUGCCUCCUCCGGCGUCCCACAAUUCUCCAACGCUGCUCCAAAGGCUGUUAUUGGUGGUGGUGUCGUUGCUCUUGCUGGUUUGGCCGCUUUGUUAUAAGCGAAGAGCUCGAGAAGGCUGUGCUAUGCAGCUCAGUUUCCCAUUCGAUCGUUAUCGUUUCCCCCUUUUAAUACCAACCGCAUAGUACUAAAAAUCGUGAUACCUGGUUGCUUACUGGUCUGUUGAUUGCUAAGCUUUUUUUUACUUAUAUACUCCUAUAUUACUGCC